AUGGUUGUUCGCUCACUUGAAAUGAGUAAAGAUCCGUUCCGACCUCGGGAAGAAAAUGAAGAGCUUUUUGGUCCUGAAGUACCAUAUCUUAGUGCAAUUGGUGCACUUAUGUAUCUUUCUAACGCUACAAGACCUGACAUAGCGCUCUUUAUUAAUUUGCUAGCAAAAUAUUGCUCUUCUCCUACACGAAGACAUUGGAACGAAAUUAAGCAUAUAUUGCGAUAUCUGAAGGGAACUACCGAUAUGCGACUGUUUUAUGCUAAGAAAGGCAAUGCUGCAUGCAUAGCUCAAUUAAAAGGAGGCUUCAUAAAAGGAGAUAGAACGAAGCACAUUUCACCAAAGUUAUUCUUCACCCAUGAUCUCCAGAAGAACGGUGAUAUUAAUGUGCAACAAAUCCGUUCAAGUGACAAUCCUGCAGAUUUAUUCACCAAAUCUUUGCCAACUUCAACUCUUAAGAAGAUAUUCAAGAUUGGAAUGCGAAGACUCUUACAUCUGAAUUUUGGUCUUCGUCAGGGGGAGUAA